AUGACGGCAGCCUUGUUGAGAGACAUCGUAGUGAGAAUCCCAUUAAUCACAGAGACAUUAAUUAUCCACUACCGUAAUGGUCCACCAAAACCAUCAUGGAGCCUAAAAUUCCACCUAAUUUUCGUGGUACUGAAAUCCUUAAUUCCCGAUUUUCAAAGAAAAACAAUCGAACAAUUGCAAGAGGCUUCAAUGCGACCAAAUCCAACUCCGUCGUAUGUUCGUAUCGACGAAUUCAAGCUUCCAAACAUAUACAGAGAAAAAGCGCAGACUUAUUUAGAAAAAUUAUUAGCACCGUAUGAACAAGUUAUCGAUGAGUCGUGGAAGUUUCUUGGUAAUAAUGAUGGUGGAUUGAAAGCUGAAUGGGUUUCGAUUAAGAAGGAUAAAUUCUUCGAUGAAGGAACGAGACAGCGUGUUAUUCUUUAUUUACAUGGUGGCGUUUAUUAUUUGGGUAGUUCUGCAUCAAUCAGGGGUUUUACUUAUAGACUUGCAGAAUCUUCCGGUGCUCGAAUACUUGCGAUCGAUUAUCGUAUGGCGCCACAAACGGAAUUCCCAUCCGCAAUUCAUGAUGCAUUAGCUGCAUACAUGUACCUUUUAUACCCACCCACAAACUCCGACUACAAACCAUUCAAACCAAACCAAAUAGUUUUGGCUGGUGAGAGUGCAGGUGGCGGCCUCGCGAUUGCGACAUUACUCGCAAUACGUGACAUUGGUCUACCAAUGCCAGCCGGCGUUAUCGGAUUUUCACCGUGGCUCGAUUUAACAUUCAGUACGCCAUCAGUAACAAAAGACGAAUCUAACGUGAACGAUUAUCUUCCCGGAUAUUUGUUUGCACAUAAACCAUCGCCUCUUAGCGAUAAAUACGAGAAUCGUGCUGCGGUGUUGGAUGCAAAAAUUAAAAGCUUUAAAGAGUUGAAUCCGAAAAUCCAUUGUCAUCCUAGUUAUGGAAUAGUAGAGGAACGAGUUAAUAUGUAUGCUGCUAAUGAAGCUUUGGCAAUUCCGUAUGUUAGCCCGUUGUUGGCUGAAGACUUAAGUGGAUUACCACCGUUACUGUUGCAAGCAGGAAAUGGUGAAAGAUUACGCGACGAAAUAAUUUACUUUGCACACAAAGCUUCGCAUACUACGAAAUAUCAAUUACCUAAUUAUAAUGAUGCGAAUAGUGAAAGAUCAAGUUCACUCAAAAUACCUACAAAUGUACAACUAGAAGUUUUCGAUGAUAUGCCACAUGUUUGGCAGCUAUGGCACUUUUGCGAACCUGCAAAAGUCUCACGUCAAAACGCCGCCGAAUUUAUUCGUCGUGUAACAGACAUCAAUUUCAAAACGGGUACUCUUCCCGACGCCGAAAACAAACUUUCUACAGCUCGCAUCACAGCCACUGGCGAAACAAGACCAUUGACAAAUGACCAAUUAGAAGUGCUAGAUUGGCAGAAUAUCGGAAUACCACCAUAUACUGAUUUGAAACGAGUACAAGCUCCGUCACGGUAA